AUGAGCAAUCGCAAGAGAUCGCGAUCUGUCGGAGAGGAGAACCGCGCUGAGUGCCCUUUUACGAUUUCUUACGCGACAGGUCCUUCGCGCGCCGAACAGGAAUGUCAUAAGAACAAGAAGCAGAAGCGCGACGGCCAAGAUGACGAUCAACGGGUUCAGCUUCAAAUCUCUCCCUUCUCCCCAACCGGCAGCUUCAAGACCCACGACACCAUGGAUCUACAUUACAUAGUCGAACCCAGGAAACAAUGGCAAUCUAUGACGCGCUACAACAGCUUUGUCCUCAACAACGUCAAGUACUACAGCGAAGGGUUCGUUCAGGUUGCCAACGAGCUUACCAUUGAGCAACAAAAGGCUCAAAGUGAUGGCAAAGGUAGUUUUGAGGAGAACAAUGAUGACUGGGUCGCGCGCAUCCUCGAGAUUCGUGCUUCCGAUGAGCAUCACGUUUACGCCCGCGUCUACUGGAUGUACUGGCCCUAUGAGCUGCCUCCCGGAACCCUCGACGGCAAGAAGACUGUUCAAGGUCGCCAGCCGUACCACGGCGCUAAGGAACUGAUCGCCUCCAACCACAUGGAUAUUAUUAAUGUUGUCAGUGUUACAGGACCCGUCACCGUCAAUCAAUGGAUUGAGUCCGAUGACGAGGAGAUUACAGACGAGCUUUAUUGGCGUCAAGCAUACGACUGCCGUAACUCGCAGCUUUCCUCGGUUGAACUUAUAUGUAAAUGCCAAACUCCCGCCAACCCCGAUAAGACCCUUAUAGGAUGCACGAGCUCGGAGUGCGAGAAAUGGAUGCAUCUCGAGUGUAUGGCCCACGACAUUCUUAUGCAAGUCUACGAACGACUAGGAACAGACAAACCCCAACAAAUCGAGGGAUCGAGUGUGAAGGAAGAGAAGCCCGAGGAGGCAACGCGUCCUCUAUCGCCCAUCGAUGCCGAGGAGCAGAAGGCCCAGUCUACGGUCAAUGUCCGGGAUGGGUCAACUCAAGAUAAUGUCCACGUCAAGAAGGCUGUUCGCGAAACGCCUCGUGAGACAGAAACCCUAACACCUGGGCCAACGCCCUCUAGGUCUAUCGCCACCGCAUCGGUUAAGGGAUCAGCCAAGAGAGGCCGCAAGAAGAAGAUCGCAGACUCCAAGCCAUACCUAGGACUCUUUGAGGCCAGCCUCAAGAUGCAAGACGGCCCCACAGCGUGGGAGAUCCGCGACCUGCGUGAAAACGUCACAGGUGGUGAUAGGACUUGGACUGAGAAGGCCUCGUGUUUGGAAUGCGGCGCUAAUAUCGACUAA